CCUCUCUGCUGGGCUCUGCCUGAGGCGGCGCUGCCCGGGAUUCCUGGACCAUCUCAGCUGCUUGUGGAGCCCCCGGGAGAGUCUGGCUUCCCACGGAGCCUGGAGAGGAGCUGUGGGGACGGAGGCCGGUGCCCUGAAGCCUUAAGUGCUUGCUUCCCAGAGCCCUGCCUUGUGUCAAAGAGAAGAAGAGAGCAAUGACCAAGUCACAGGAGGCAGUGACAUUCAUGGACGUGGCUGUGGUCUUCAGUGAGGAGGAGCUGGGGCUGCUGGAUGCUGCCCAGAAGAAGCUGUACCAUGACGUGAUGCUGGAGAACUUCAGGAACCUUCUGUCAGUGGGAGGCCAGAGUGCAAACAAGAUGGAGACUCUUCACGCAGCAGGAUUGAGGUGCCUCUCACUGGGGCGGCCUCCAUGCUGGCCAAUGACAAGCCAUGACGUCAUCAAGCUGGCCAGAACUCCAGAUACUGUACUAACCAGUCAAGGAAAGGGUCCUCACUUCCUGGAGCAAAGCCUUGCAAGUCUCAAAAGCCACCAUUGGAGCAUUACUGAAAAUCAGGAACUUCUGCCUGGAAGAGUUCAGAGUUCAUGGAGUAAAACACAUCUUACUGACAGACGGAACCUGCAGCAACACUGUGCACAGACUCUGGUGAAAAACAAGCCACAACUGUUGGCUCCAGGAGUUGACAUUCUCGGUUGCAUUUCCCACCACGAUAACAAUAUCCUGCAUAAAAGAGACAAAGCCCACAGCAGCAGUGACUGUGAUAAAGUCAUCUUUCCUGAGUCACCCCUCACCCAGCAUCAUGUUUACACAGAACAGGCCUCCCAGUGCAUCCAGGGCCAAGACACCUUCAUUGACAGCCCCAGUCUGGAACUCCAUCAGCAGGUCCUCUUAGGAAAGGAGUCCCCUGUGCCUAGUACACAUGAGGACACUGGACAUAGCUCCAGUGUCCCAAAUCAACAAAGUGCUCAUCUAGGAAAAAAGCGCUACUGGUGCCCUGAGUGCGGGAAGAGCUUUAACCAGAGCUCACAACUGAAUGCUCACCUGCCCACCCAUACAGGGGAGAAGCCCUACAGGUGCGACAGCUGUGGGAAAGGCUUCAGCCGCAGCUCAGACCUCACCAUCCACUACCGAGUGCACACCGGAGAGAAGCCUUACAAGUGUAAAGUGUGUGGGAAGGGCUUCACACAGUGGGCACACCUCCAGAUCCAUGACAGAACUCACACAGGAGAGAAGCCGUAUACAUGUAGAGACUGUGGCAAAAGUUUCAGCUGUAGCUCGAGCCUUCGCACCCACGAGAGAGUCCACACUAAGGAGAAGCCAUACGAGUGCAAAGAGUGUGGGAAGUGCUUCAGCUCAAAUUCCAACUUCCACAGCCAUCAGCGGAUCCACACAGGAGAGAAGCCAUAUAAAUGUGAGGAGUGCGGGAAGGGGUUCAGUUCAGGCUCAGUCUUCCAUAGUCACCAGCGGGUCCACACAGGAGAGAAGCCAUUUCGCUGCAGUGUGUGUGGGAAGGGCUUCAGUCAGAGGUCGACUUUUCAAGCUCACCAGAGAGUUCACACCGGGGAAAAACCAUACAGAUGUGACGUGUGUGGGAAGCGUUUCACCUGGAGCGUGAGCCUUCACAGUCACCAGAGCGUCCACACAGGAGAGAAACCCUAUAAAUGCGAGGAGUGUGGGAAAGGCUUCAGUCAUGCCUCAAGUCUGCAGGUGCAUCAGAACAUCCACACUGGCGAGAAGCCUUUCAAAUGCAAGGUGUGCCAGAAGCGGUUCAGGCAGGCGUCAAACCUCCAGGCCCACCUGAGGGUGCACACGGGGGAGAAGCCCUAUAAAUGUGACACGUGUGGGAAAGCCUUCAGCCAGAGGUCCUAUGUCCAAGUCCACCAGAUAAGUCACACCAGGGAGAAACCGUUCAAGUGUGAGGAGUGUGGGAAGGAGUUCAGUCACGCCUCACACUUCCAGAGGCACCAGAGGGUCCACACUGGGUAG